AAUCUCCUAUAAAUCCCAAAACACAUCAAUAUGUUCUGAACCCAAAGCCAGAGGACCAUGGCCGUCUCUACAAAAAACAACGGGAUCUCUCUUGCCAUGGAAAGGACUGGCCAAUGGGUAUUCUCUCAAGAUAUUCCAACUGAUGUUGUGGUCGAAGUUGGUGAGGCCAGUUUUAAUCUUCACAAGUUCAUGCUUGUUGCUAAGAGUAACUACAUAAGAAAAUUAAUACUAGAAUCGAAAGAACCUGAUUUGGCAAGAAUCGAUCUCUCGGACAUCCCUGGAGGCCCCGAGAUCUUCGAGAAAGCGGCCAAGUUCUGCUACGGCGUCAACUUCGAGAUCACAGUUCACAACGUCGCAGCUCUUCGUUGCGCCACUGAGUAUCUGCAAAUGUCAGAUAAAUACUCCGACGGCAACCUCGCCGGCCGAACCGAAGAAUUUCUCUCCCAAGUCGCCCUCACCAGCCUCUCCGGCGCUGUCGUUGUCUUGAAGUCGUGCGAAGAUCUUCUUCCAAUGGCCGAAGAACUCAACAUCGUCAAGAGAUGCGUCGAUGUCGCAACCAGUAAGGCGUGUUAUGAGGCGAAUUUUCCUAGUCGAUCGCCGCCAAAUUGGUGGACAGAAGAGCUAUCGAUCUUAGAUAUAGCUUUCUUCGAGGAAAUAAUUUCAGGAAUGAAAUCACGCGGCGCGAAAGGCCUAACCAUAGCGAGCGCGAUAAUCACCUACGCAGAGAGAUCGCUUCGAGAUCUCGUCCGAGACCACUCCGGAAGCGGCACGAAAUCAUUAGAUUCCGACAACUCUGACGUCAGAAUCCGGCAGAGAAAGCUUCUCGAAUCGAUCAUCUCUCUCUUACCGGCCGAGAAAUCUGUGUUUCCGAUUAACUUCCUCUGCUGCCUCCUUCGAACCGCGAUCUUCCUCAGAUCCUCCAACGGUUGCGAGAAAGAGCUCGAGAAGCGAAUCUCGGCGAUUCUGGAACACGUGACGGUCGAGGAUCUUCUGGUGCUAUCGUUCACUUUUGAUGGUGCGAGGCUGUUUGAUCUAGAGAGCGUGAGGAGGAUCAUAUCGGGGUUUGUGGAGAAGGAAAAGAACGUGGCGGUGUUCAACGGUGGUAAUUUUAGGGAAGUGUGUUCGACGGCGAUGUUAAGUGUUACGAAGAUCGUUGAUGCAUAUCUGGGUGAGAUCGCUCAGUAUGACGAGCUGAGCAUAUCAAAAUUCAACGGAAUUGCGAAUCUCGUGCCUAAGACAGCCAGGAAGGUCGAUGAUGAUCUUUACAGAGCGAUCGAUAUCUACUUGAAGGCUCAUCCAAACCUAGAUGAAAUCGAGCGCGAGAAGGUAUGCAGUGUAAUGGAUCCACUAAAACUCUCGUACGAAGCGAGAGUUCACGCUUCGCAAAACAAACGAUUACCGUUACAAAUAGUACUUCACACCCUGUACUACGAUCAACUCAAAUUAAGGAGUGGCAGCGACAACAACAACAAUCGUCGCAACAUGCAACCCGAUAAUGCUAUAACAAUAAGGAACCAAUUACAAACUGAUGUGUCACUAGUCAAAGAGAACGAGGCGUUGCGAACUGAGCUACUGAAGAUGAAGAUGCACAUAACUGACUUGCAGAAUAAUCAAGGAGGCGGCACGUCGUCCAAAGGCAAGGGCGGUGGCGGUCAUCGGAGGCCGUUCUUUUCGUCCGUGUCGAGGACGUUGGGGAAGUUGAAUCCAUUCAAGCAUGGAUCUAAGGAUACUUCGAAUAUUGAAGAUGUUGUGGAUAUUACCAAGCCUAGGAGAAGAAGGUUCUCCAUCUCUUAGAGAAUGUGAAAUUUAAUUUAAUUUAAUUUGUGAGUUUGUAUAAAAGUUGGUGCGUUUAUAUCUUCCUUUUUUUUCUUCUUUCCAAAAGAUGGUUUCGUAUCGCUGUGUUGUGAUUUCUUUUUGGAUUCUUUGUUUGUUGGUUGUGUUUGUAAACAUUAUUCGGUUUAAGAAUGGUUGUGUAGUUCGAUGAUUGGCGAAUAGGAAACCUGUCUAUUUGUUCGA